AACAUAAACCAAUUUCCUCCCUCAUUUUUUUCUUCUUAAUUUAUUUUUCUUUUUACAUUAUUAAAAAAAUGUUGAUGAAUAACUCAUUCAUCUUUAUUUUGGUAGCUAUUUUAACAAUAUUUCUAGAUGAAUUUAGCAACCCUAUUAGAGCUUUUUCAAAUCCUAAUUUUGUUUAUACAGAUGGAACUCAUUUUGCAUUAAAUGGAAAACCAUUUUAUUUGAAUGGAUUUAAUGCUUAUUGGUUAAUGUAUAUGGCUUCUGAUCCAUCAACAAGAAAUAAAGUUACAACUAUAUUUCAACAAGCUUCUAAGUAUAGGAUGAAUGUUGCUAGAACUUGGGCUUUCGCAGAUGGCAAUUCUAGACCCUUACAGUCUGCACCUGGUGUUUACAACGAGCAAAUGUUUCAGGGAUUGGAUUUUGUGAUAGCAGAAGCCAAAAAAUAUGGAAUUUACUUAAUUCUUGGAUUGGUUAACAAUUGGGAACCUUUAGGAGGAAGGAAACAAUAUGUAGCAUGGGCAGUUGAAAGAGGGCAAAAUUUAACAAGUGAUGAUGACUUCUUCACUAAUCCUAUGGUCAAAGGGUUCUACAAAAAUCAUGUCAAGGUUGUGCUUACAAGAGUGAACACAAUAAACAAAGUGGCAUAUAAAGAUGAUCCAACAAUCCUUUCAUGGGAAAUAAUAAAUGAGCCUCGUUGCCCAUCUGACCUCUCUGGAAAAACAAUACAGAAUUGGAUUAUAGAAAUGGCAGGACAUUUUAAAUCAAUAGAUACUAAUCAUCUUUUGGAGAUUGGACUUGAAGGAUUUUAUGGGAAUAACAAGAAACAAUACAACCCUAAUUCUAUGAAUUUUGGGACUGAUUUUAUCUCCAAUAAUCAAAUUAGGGGAAUUGAUUUUACCACAAUUCAUAUGUACCCUGAUCAAUGGUUACCAGGUUCAUCUCUAGAGGCCCAAGACAAAUGGGCUUCACAAUGGAUCCAAUUCCAUAUAGAUGACUCCAAAUUGUUGAAAAAGCCCUUAUUAAUUGCAGAAUUUGGCAAGUCUUCAAAUACCACAGGGUACAAUGUUGAAAUGAGGGAUAAUUAUUUUGGAAAAAUAUAUGGAAACAUUUUUAAUUGUGCCAAAAGUGGAGGCCCAUGUGGUGGUGGGCUUUUUUGGCAAUUAUUGGAUCAAGGAAUGGCAAGUUUUGGUGAUGGUUAUGAAGUGGUCUUGCAAGAAAGCCCAUCAACUGAUAGAGUCAUACUCUUACAAUCUCUUAGGCUCUCUAAGCUAUUGUAUUAA